CGUACGGUCGUGCGUUGGCCGCGCCUGCCCGUUAGUCGCGCCCGAGUGUCAGCUUGAAUAGACGUGUGUAUUCGCUCGUGCUAUAUCACGUCAACAUGGCCACAUGUAUUUCUCCAUAUCGUGAAAUGCUGAUAAAAAUGAUAAAUGCGUAUAGAAAAGAACGUUGCCUGUGGGAUAUAACUCAUAAAGACUAUAAUUCUAAAUGUAUCAGACAAGAAGCUAUAGAUAAACUUCUGAAAAUACUCAGAACAAUGGAGCCGUGUGCUGACCGACCUGAUGUCCAAAAGAAGAUAAACUCAUUAAGGACAACAUAUAGAAAAGAAAGGAAGAAAGUGGUACACUCAUUAGUGUAUAACAAAGUAGUGUAUGAGCCAAAACUGUGGUAUUACAAUUACUUGACGUUUUUGGAUGAUGAUAAUAUUGAUGGUCACAAUGACGAGAACAGUGACGGAGAUGUCCAAGAAAUUGGUAGUGAAGAUCAUCAUGGUACAGACGAACAAGAUACAGCUAUGUUUAUAAUAAGAAAAAGUGAAAGUCCGCAACACGUAGAAUAUGAGGAAUCGGAAAGUGAAAGUAAUCAUCAACUGCCGUCGAGCAGCAAACGUGCGACUAAAAGGACCAUAGACGAAACACUUACAAGCAAUGUUGUUAAAUUAGUAGAUAAGUGUCUAAAGAAGUUCAAAGAUGAUGACGAGGAUCGCCACGACAUCUUCUGCAAGUCCAUUGCUGCGAAAAUGAGAUAUUUAGAUCACAAACAAUUUAUUUUGGCGGAGAAAUUGAUAAAUGACAUUAUGUAUGAAGCUGAAUCGGGAAAUCUAACUACGGAAUUUAAACUGGCGCGGACGGACAUAUCUUAGGACUAGCAGCCCGUCCCGGCUUCGCUCGGGUAAAAACAUUAAUAUGUUUUUACACUGAAACCUUCCUCAGGAAUCACACUUAUUUAUUGGCGAAAACCGUAUGAAAAGCUGUGCAGUCGUUUGUGAGUUUAUCGCGAACAGACAGAUGCUAUAGAGGACUUUGUUUUAUAAUAUGUAAGCAUAAGGAAACUGCAAGCAACACAAGGGAUAGCCGUACCAUCUUUUCUCGAAUACAUUUACCUAGAACAUUUGUUAUUAUUUUUUCUUUUGAAUUCAAGCAUUCAAGAUUGCAAAUAUCGUGAUUUAUUCUUGCCUUUCAUUAGUAGACCUUAGAAUGAAUGUUCAGUUUGUUAUAUAGAGGUACAGUUAAAAAGACAUAUUACGAUUGUACCUAGUUCUCAAAUUAAUAUUUGAAUUUAUUAACGGAAAACAGUCACUAUAAGAUAUUGAAGAUAUUCAAUGUUUUAAUUGAGACCUUCAUUAUAGUCAUGUAAUUUAUCAUAUACGUAUGUAUUACGUAGAUCAAAUUGAAAAAUGUAUUAAUAGCUAUAUCUUUUUUCUCAUUCUGAAC